AUGAGUAAUUUAAUAAAAGUUAAAGUUUUCAUUGAGUGUAUGUUUCCCGACGAUCCCUUAGCUCUUGUGGAAUAUGACGUAGAAGCAGAGGACACGAAACUGGACAUAUCGGCAGAAUUUUGUGGUUCCACGAUGUCCCCCGCUACAGAAAGACCCUACAAAUGCGAUAGGUGUGACAAGACUUACAAAUACCAAAAACACUGGUCUCGCCACGUUAGAUUUGAAUGUGAUUUGAAUUUGGUCUCCGGACCUCGGUUUUCUUGCGCUUUUUGUUCGCGAAUCUUCAAGCGCAAAGAGCAUGUCCUUAGACACAUUAAGAAGGUUCAUCUCGAACAGAGCUUCAAGUGUUUGGUUUUCAUCAGUAGAAGGUAUCAAAUGCUUGAAGAUCCGCUAGGUAUGUUCGGCAUGUACGUAGAAACCCCAGCAUUGACGGACCAGCUGAAAAUCGAGUUGGACGAGGAAGACACGAGUUUCGCGCAAUUCAGAGAUACGGCGACUUUAGCCGCAGUGACGUUCAGCCCGAAACAGCCGCACGCGUGUCUGCGCUGCGGAAAAUCUUACAAGCACUCGUCCCAUUUGAUACAGCAUGAGAAGUACGAGUGCCACAAACCUCCGCGUUUCGGAUGCUUCUAUUGCACGUACAGGAGUGACGAGCUUCAAAACAUGAGAGACCCGCUGUCGCUGGACGACGAGCUAUCGAGCACAUCCCUGGCCGACGAGCCAAGCAGCCCAGACUACGACCCUCUCGACCCGCACAACACGCCGUUGCGUCAAUACGUGUGCCAUUACUGCAGCAGAUCGUACAAGUACAAGUCGCAUCUGGUCGGCCACCAAAAGCACGAGUGUCAAAAACCCCCUCGUUUCGUCUGCACGUACUGCCAUUGCAAAAGCAAACGCAAAGGCAACAUGAAGCGACACCUGAUCAAAGUGCACAAAGUCACCUUUCCAGAUAUCGACAGAUACAUUGACAAAUCGUGCAGACAAUGA